GACACCCUCGGCACUACAUUGACCGGUUGAAAAGUCGCUGUCGACAGGUGUCAACCCUCGGUGCCCCGUGCUGGCGUGACACGUAAUUUGCCUACUCGACUCGACAAAGCCAGUGCAAAACAACUGAGAGGGGAGCCUAAAUCUUCACAGGUUGGUGUGAGUGUAUGUGCACAAGUUUGUGGUUUGCGAAUCACAGCUGUAGGUGGCAAGUGUGCACUCAAGCAAGCGUUUAGCAAACGUGAGAAAAGAAGGUUGAGAAAAGUAAAGGUAAAAAUCAAAGGGAGAAGUUGUAUUCCCUGUGGCAGCGCUGCAGCAGGGACACCGUCAUCGAGUCCGGACGGAUUGGAACGACGACGAAGGAAAAGCACAAGGAAAAAUCGUUCUGGUUGUUGAUUAAAUUUAAGGUAUCAUGCAGCUUGCAGCUUGGCUCACUGUGGGCGUUCAAUCAACUUGAUUAUGCACAGCAGCUGAAGCGGAGAUAAAAAUGUCCUGUUCAACUAGCGUCAGAAGUAUCAGCAACAUCAGCAGCAACAAUAACAGCCUGAGUCACCACCCAACGGCAACGCCCCGGAACAGUAGCAGCUGGCAAAGCUCCGCAACUGGCAACGGCAGAGGCAGCAACUUCACAGCGAUGUCAAAGAGGAGGAAAAUUGUUUACGGCUGGUUUAAUUUCAUCUUCUUAUGCUGGAUAAUGUUCGCCGAGCAGUUCGUUAGUGUGCUCAGUCUCAAGGAUCUGAAAAUUUUCGUUCCGGAUGCGGUGAUCAUGGGUAACGCAGCCACGCUAUCGUGUCAGUUCGAGUUGGAAAAAGCCACACUCUACUCGGUACGGUGGUACUUUGAGAGCGAGGAGUUCUACCGGUACGUACCGAAGGAAUCACCACCAGCAAGGACGUUUCCGGUGUCUGGAAUUACCGUCGAUGGUUCCCAGUCCGAUGCAACCUCGGUAACACUCCGUGGGGUAACACGGGACCUAACCGGACAGUUUCAGUGCGAGGUAUCCGAGGAUGCACCACUCUUCCAUACCGACAUCCGACAAGCUCGAAUGCAGGUUGUUGAGCUGCCCAAGCAGGAUCCGCAGAUGCAGCUUGAUAAAACGCACAUCACAACGCUGGAUAACUUUCGGGCCGUUUGCACGGUAGGAACCUCCUUUCCACCGGCCAACAUCACCUGGUACAUCAAUGCUAAGAAGAUCCACCGUUCGCCGUACCAACGAAUCACGUACCGCUCGUACGAAGGCACCCCGACGUUUUCCUCGUUGGAGAUGUUUCCUCACAGUCAGGUCCUGCAGGACAUUUACCAAAGCAUGCCCCCGUUCCAGACCAGCCUGACAGUGAUGUGUGAAAUAACGAUCCUGCACAUCUACACCAAAAGCGCACAGCAGAUGAUUAUCGUUAGCGAUCUGGUGACAACCAUUUCACCCGCUUUGCUCGGCCUAGACGGUUCGAACAACCGAAGAAAAGCAAACGGUGAUCCCGAUAAUUCAGCUCUUACCGGUGCCGGGGCACGGUUGCCAGCCACUGGUCCACUGGGAUGCUUCCUGGCAACACUGACGGUAGCAUUACUGUUGCAAAUGCAACGCUGGUGACCGAUUCAGGUGACUUUGUAAAUACUUUAAACCAAUGACUGUUGCACACUUUCACACACCUUACUACAAAUUGAUCCGAAAAUGAAUGAAUUACAACAGGUACUCAUAUGGAAACCUAAGAAUACUUAUAUCUAUAAAAAAAGCAUUAAGCGAAUGGGACUGUUGAAAUGUGCAUGUAACAUAAAUGUAUUUGAGCUUUUUACACUAACCAUACUCUAGAGCGUAUUCUCCAAUUGCUUCAACCUCCUUGAUAGAACAGAACUGGAAUACUGACACUCUUACGGGAGCGGCAGUGGACAACAUAAAUAACAAGAGCAGUGAAAAUAAUCAAUUAUGCUUCAAAACAAUAAGCAAAACAUUCGAAUAGAAGGGUAAAAAUCAGCAUAGACAAAUGUUUUUACACAACACAAAAGAGUAGCGUAAGUAACCAGGAGACAACACAAACAAACAAUACUGUUUAGAAGCAAAGAAUACCGUUGUUUAAUGUCCCGACUGCGUGCUCAAAUUGUUUACUCAAAACUUACAAGCGGUGUAAAUGAUUUCAAGUUUAGGUAACGGUUCUGGAGGAACCAUAAACUUGCUAGGAAUAAAAUGCAACCUUUAGUCUUAGUGAAGGGCAGAUAGCAAUUAAACACACAUGAUGUUAGGUUGACGUAAAGCAGAUUUACCUACAGGCUAUUUGCGGUAUCUAUUAGGAAAGAGGAAACCAGCUAUUAUCUUGUUUUAACAGGUGUAUUAUAGUUAUGGUAGAUUUCAGCCGCACGCUGGGAUUUUCGAUAAAAAGGGGGCGAACCGGUUCCAUUAAAAGGACACCGUAAAACUAGUUACACAAUCACAGUCGUGCUGAAGAUGGGCACGAAAUGCAGCCGAUUUGAUCAGAUAAUAAAUAAAUUAAUAGCAAAACGGAUGGCGUUGUAACGGAAAGGAAAAAACGUAAUCUUGAAAGUACUUACGAAAAAUUAACAGAAUGUGGAAAAUCAUAAUUCAAAAGGGCUAUAUGUUACAAACGUUUUUUUUGUGCAAUAUAUUGUCUAUACAUUAUAUUCAGUUCCUUUUCAAAUGCCGCAAAAAUAAAAAUAAAAACAAAAAAACGGUUCAGUUAACUUCUUGUGGACAGCAAAAGAGUAAAAAUGCCCCAACGUACGUACUAGAUGAAUCUUCGUUAGUGGAAGUGGACUCCUAAGUGGGUGAAGAUAAUAAUAUAAAAUUGAUUAGUAGUAACAUAAGACGAGUCGUGAAUAGUUAUGUUUCUUUUUAUAAAUACAAAAGAGAUGCAAAAAUAUGACAACUAAGCGAGUAAAACACGUUUAAAAAUUGUAUAACUAAAGUAAAUUAAUAAACAAAAAACGCAUUGACACAGUCAGACAUUGUGAAGCCGAUUGGAGAGGAAAUAUAUAAAUUUAAACCGUGAAUAAAGGAAACUGUUUUGUUCAAACAAAAAAAAAAUGGAAUGGAAAAUAAACUUAUUAAUAAGA